ACUGCACGUGCGGUUUGUUGUGCGCGUGCAGUCGGGAACAAGCAACAUCAGUGAACAAAUUCUGAAUAGUUGACCAAGGUUGCUGUACGGAGUAAUUAACCCAUAAUUAGCUUGGUCCCAGACUUCUUUUGUCCAAUUAGGCCUCGGAUAGUGGUCCACGUCAGGACACUUCGCUUCAUGCCUCAACUACGGACAAUGGAGGACCUUGAAUCUCGAGCCCUUCGACAGUUUGACAAACUUGUUCAGUGUGGUAGCAUAAUCUUCAAAGAUGCGCCGCCCAUCCAUGUUCCCGCCCAGCCAUUCAAUCUUCAAUUCCGCAUUGCCUCUAGCCUAACGAAGAAGCCACAAGUCGAUAUCAAGGAGGCCAAGGCGCAGUCCGACAGGCAAAAAGACACUCCCAGUCCGUUCGCUAGGGAUCCUCCCGACUUCGUUCUCGAACAUGUCGGCGCGGAACACACGUUGCGGUUCAACAAGUUCUGCGUUGUCCGGCCGCAGUUCGUCUUGCACACGAACGAAUACAAAUCCCAGAUCGAACCUCUUUCCGCAUCGGACCUGGCGGCCGCAUGGAGCGUGCUCUGCAAGUUGGAAAGUCCGUACAUAGUUAUCUACAACGGUGGAGUCCAGGGAGGUUGGUCGUUGCCGCAUCGACAUUUGCAAUUGCUUCCACGCCCCGCGAGAGAUGUCCAUGACCUUUUCCCGGAUACGUAUGGCAUUGAGAAUGGCAGAGUUCCCAAUAUCCCGUUCCAGCACAUUGCCAGGAAACUAUCUCCAUCGCCUGCGGGAAACGAUAUCUUUUCGAUUUACAGGGAACUUCUAGCCGCCGCCGGUGUUGACGAACCUGAUUAUUCCCAUAGCCUGGUUCUGGUGAGAGAGUGGAUGAUGGUUAUACCACGGUCUCGCGCAAGCCAGGAAGGGGUAAAAAUCGUGAAUGCAGCUGGUAUGGUGGGUAUGAUCUGGAUACCGUCAAAAGAUGUUCUAGAUAUAUGGCUUCAAAGCGAGGAUCCUAUGGAGAUUCUGGCUCGAUUUGGGAAGCCAUGGUAG